UUGUGGUUACCGACUUGGUUCUGUUAAUGAAAUUCUAUGUGAAGCUUUUUCCGUCUCAAAUCAUUGGUGUUUUGCCUUCAGGAUGCUCAGGCUAUGUCUCGGGACGCUGUUGCUAUCCUGUCUAACACUCGUACACUGUAGUGGCGACUGGGAGUCACAUCAUGACGAAUGGAAAGCACAACCCAUCAAGUACAUCAUCAAAGAAAACCCGAAGCUCAUCACCAUCCCACACCACGUGCCGGUCCCGAAACCGGUCCACAUCCCAAAACCGGUGCCGGUCAUCAAGCACAUUCCAGUCCCUAAGCCCUACCCAGUGCCACACAUCGUGCCCGUAGUCAAGCACAUCCACAAGGAAGUCCCGGUGCCCAAAAUCAUCAACAUCCACAAGGAGGUGCCAGUGCCCAAGCCCUACCCAGUCCCCAAGGUCAUCCGCGUGCCCAAACCAUACGUCGUGCCAGUCCACAAAGAGGUCCCCGUGCCCAAGCCCUACCCAGUCCAUGUUCCCGUCCACAUCCCCAAGCCCUACAUCGUACCCAUCCACAAGCACGUGCCCAUCCCCGUGCCGAAACCAGUCCAUGUACCCAUUGAAGUGAUCAAGGAGAAAUCUGUUAUCAUUAAGAAGCCAGUACCUGUUUACUUGGAAGAAAAACAUCAUCACCACCACGGAUGGGACAAGAAAUAAAGGACAAGCAAGAACUCAACUCACCAACUGGAAUCGGAAAUCAACUGGACCACAAAAUGGUUCACGGGUAACAUGGCAACACCUUCUCCUGGUUAUGGACAAUCAUUCUAAGAAUGGAAGAAAAAAAUGGUGUAAAAAUUGUCCGGUGAUUACGUAAGGAUGGACUGUGGUAAACGAACAAAAGAAAAAUGUUUGUUAUGUUUCGAUGCAUGCUUCAGAACACGAUAUUCGUUCUUCCGAAGGGUUGAAUGUUAUGGGGCUGUAUCUUUGUACAAUAUCUGUACAGUAUACUUUUUGUUUUUUUUAUAUUAAAGUCAUUUGC